GAGGGGGUCAGGUCCUGCCCGGCCGAGCCAUGGCGGAGAUCCGGGUGUUCCCCCUCUCCUGCGUGGUGCAGAACUAUUCCUGGGGGAAGGUGGGCCUGGAGAGCGAGGUGGCCAAGCUGGUGGCCAGUGGUGACCCCCAGGUCCAGAUCCAGCCUGACCAGCCCUACGCUGAGCUGUGGAUGGGCGCACACCCCCGGGGCGAUGCCCUCAUCCGGGAUAACCGCAUCCCACAAAAGACCCUGGGCCAGUGGAUCGCCGACAACCCCGCCUGCCUGGGGGCCAAGGUGAAGGACGCCUUCCAGGGAUGCCUGCCCUUCCUGUUCAAGGUGCUGUCGGUCAACACCGCCCUGUCUGUCCAGGCACACCCCAACAAGGAGCUGGCAGCGAAGCUCCACGCCCAGUUCCCUGAGCACUAUCCCGAUGCCAACCACAAGCCCGAAAUGGCCAUCGCCCUCACCCCCUUCGAGGGCAUGUGUGGCUUCCGGCCUGUGGAGGAGAUUGUCUCCUUUCUCCAGAAUGUCCCCGAGCUUCGGGCACUGAUCGGGGAGGUGGCAGCGGAGCAGCUGGAGCGCAGUGGGAGCGACGACCCCCGUGGGGUCUCGGCCGCCCUCCGCGUGUGCUUCACCCGCCUCAUGAAGAGCGAGAAGAAGUUCUUCGUGGACCAGCUGAACAUGCUGGUGAAGAGGAUCUCCCAGGAAGCAGCGGAAGGGAAGGACACAUCGGGGAGCAGCGGGGACCUGCUGCUGCGGCUGCACUCCCAGUACCCAGGGGACAUUGGCUGCUUCACCAUUUAUUUCCUGAACCUGGUGAGGCUGGAGCCGGGGGAGGCCAUGUUCCUGGGAGCCAACGAGCCCCACGCCUACCUGCAUGGAGACUGCGUAGAGAUCAUGGCGUGCUCGGAUAACACCGUGCGCGCCGGGCUCACCCCCAAGUUCAUCGAUGUGCUCACCUUGUGUGAGAUGCUCAACUACACACCAGCACCCAGCAGCUCCAAGAUCUUCCCAGCGGCGCAGAGCCAGCUCGAUCCCCAUGUCUACCUCUAUGACCCGCCCGUGCCAGACUUUAGCAUCCUGAGGAUAGAGAUCCCUGCCUCCAUCAAGCUGUACCUCAUCUCUGCCAUGGACUCUGCCAGCAUCUUGCUGGUGAUCCAAGGGACGGCCGUGGGCACCUCCACAGCCGCAGCCUCCGAGAUGUCCCUGCACCGCGGCUCCGUGCUCUUCAUCUCGGCCAACGAGAGCAUCUCCCUCCACCUCUCCUCGCCCGACGGGAUGCUGCUCUUCCGAGCCUGCUGCCUCCUCUGAGCAGGACCUGGGACACUUCCUCCUCCACAGCACUCCAUGUUUGAGUAGAUAGAAACUGGUGUGGGCAAAGUCUUCUCGCUUGAAAGUUUUCCCUCCACCUAUUAAAUCCCAAAACUAACCCUGAUGUAUAGAAAGAGCAAUUCCGUGGAUCGACUCCUUGGAUGUGGCACAGAGCAGAGCAGGCUCAGGC